AUGACAGGCAUAUCAGUUACCGGUAUCAUUACGUACACGCUCACUCCGACAAUCUCUUCAUUCACGCGCUUCUCACCCACUUUUUUCACUUCUAACUUUCGUCUUCGAGCUGCUUCUUCUUCUUCUUCUUCAACCACAUUUCUUGACACCAACCCAACACUGGAUUCCGUCGUAGUUGAGAAGGAAGUUACUCGGAGCAGCAAUCCCUUGGCUUGUCCCGUAUGUUACAACUCGUUAAAUUGGACAACUCAUCAUGCUUUGUCCAUAGAUACUAUCCUUGGAUGUAGUUUACAAUGUAGAACCUGUCAGAAAGCAUAUGUUGGUAACCAAACACAUCUUGAUCUUACGGCAAUAAGCAGUGCUAAGAACUAUGGUGAAUCCAUGCCAGCUUCCACUGAGCUUUUCAGGACGCCGUUGAUAUCAUUUCUCUAUGAGAGGGGCUGGCGUCAAACCUUUUCUGUAUUGGGUGGUUUUCCAGGUCCCGAGAAAGAGUUUGAAAUGAUGAAGGGUUUCCUAAAACCAAUAUUGGGUGGAAAUAUCAUUGAUGCUAGUUGUGGAAGUGGAUUGUUUUCAAGAUUAUUUGCAAAAAGUGGACUUUUUUCUAUGGUUGUGGCUCUGGACUACUCAGAGAACAUGUUGAGGCAAUGUUAUGAGUUUGUUCAGCAGGAAGAUAACUUUCCAAAAGAGAACUUCAUCUUGGUUAGAGCAGACAUAGCUAGACUUCCUUUUGUUUCAAGUUCUGUUGAUGCUGUGCAUGCAGGAGCAGCUCUCCACUGUUGGCCUUCACCAUCAUCAGCUGUAGCUGAAAUAAGCCGUGUUUUACGGCCUGGAGGUGUCUUUGUUGCAACCACCUACAUACUGGAUGGCCCUUUUAGUGCUGUCCCAUUUCUAACUACAUUUCGCCGGAGUGUAAAGCAAGUAUCUGGGAGUUGCAUCUUUCUCUCUGAACGUGAACUUGAAGCUCUCUGCAAGGCGUGCGGACUGGUUGGAUUUAAAUGCAUUAGAAAUGGGCCUUUUGUGAUGAUUUCUGCUGCAAAGCCCAAAUAA